CCCGCCCCCUCCGGAGCUUACAUUUACGCUGUAGCAAAAGAGAAAGUAACUCUGUGUUGCUGCUGGGGAUCAAUGAAGCUGAGUGAAUGGGGGCGCAGUGCGCGAGCGCAUAGCUGGAGCCGGCGCCAGAUGGUGGAGGGCUACGCUUAUUGAUGAAACUCUUGAGUUCUUCUUGAAUUGCCAGUUUUCAGCCUCCUCAUGCCUCCAUCUCCUUUAGACGACAGGGUAGUAGUGACACUGUCUAGGCCUGUCCGACCUCAGGAUCUCAACCUUUGUUUAGACUCUAGCUACCUUGGCUCUGCCACCCCAGGCAGCAGUAGCCACCCUCCUGUCAUUGCCACCGCUGUUGUGACCCUCAAGGCUGCGAAUCUGACGUAUAUGCCCUCAUCCAGCGGCUCUGCCCGCUCCCUCAAUUGUGGAUGCAGCAGUACUAGCUGCUGUACGGUGACAACCUACGACAAGGAUCACCAGGCCCAGACUCAAGCCAUUGCCGCUGGCACUGCCACCACCGCCAUAGGAACCUCGACCACCUGCCCUGCUAACCAGAUGGUCAACAACAAUGAGAACACAGGCUCUUUAAGUCCAUCGGGUGGGGUGGGCAGCCCUGUGUCAGGGACUCCCAAGCAGCUAGCCAGCAUCAAAAUCAUCUACCCCAAUGACCUGGCGAAGAAGAUGACCAAAUGCAGCAAGAGUCACCUGUCCAGCCAGGGUCCUGUCAUUAUUGACUGCAGGCCUUUCAUGGAGUACAAUAAGAGUCAUAUCCAAGGAGCUGUCCACAUUAACUGUGCCGAUAAGAUCAGCCGGCGGAGGCUGCAGCAGGGCAAGAUCACUGUCUUAGACUUGAUUUCCUGUAGGGAAGGCAAAGACUCUUUCAAGAGGAUCUUUUCCAAAGAAAUUAUAGUUUAUGAUGAGAAUACCAAUGAGCCGAGCCGAGUGAUGCCGUCCCAGCCACUUCACAUAGUCCUGGAGUCCCUGAAGAGAGAAGGCAAAGAACCCGUGGUGUUGAAAGGGGGACUCAGUAGUUUUAAACAGAACCAUGAAAACCUCUGUGACAACUCCCUCCAGCUCCAAGAGUGCCGUGAGGUGGGGGGCGGCGCAUCUGCGGCCUCGAGCAUGCUACCUCAGUCUGUCCCCACCACCCCUGACAUCGAGAACGCAGAGCUGACGCCCAUCCUGCCCUUCCUGUUCCUUGGCAACGAGCAGGAUGCUCAGGACCUAGACACCAUGCAGAGGCUCAACAUCGGCUACGUCAUGAACGUCACCACUCAUCUCCCGCUGUACCACUACGAGAAAGGCCUCUUCAACUACAAGAGGCUGCCUGCCACUGAUAGCAACAAGCAGAACCUGCGGCAGUACUUCGAAGAGGCCUUUGAGUUCAUUGAGGAAGCGCAUCAGUGUGGCAAGGGCCUCCUCAUUCACUGCCAGGCGGGCGUGUCCCGUUCUGCCACCAUCGUCAUCGCCUACUUGAUGAAGCACACGCGGAUGACCAUGACUGAUGCUUACAAAUUCGUCAAAGGCAAACGACCAAUUAUUUCCCCAAACCUCAACUUCAUGGGGCAGUUGCUGGAAUUUGAGGAAGACCUAAACAAUGGUGUGACACCACGGAUCCUUACACCAAAGCUGAUGGGCAUGGAGACGGUUGUGUGACAGCAGGCACAAUGGAAGGGGCCCUGGCUGUGUUCGGAGAUGAACUGGAGUGAAGGGGGGGGUCUGGUUUUGUUUUUGUUUUUUGUUUUUUUUGUUUUUUUUUUUGUUAAGUUGGGAGAAUGUUUGUGAAAGGAAACGAACUUGUCUAAAGACUCUAUUUUUAAUAAGUGUGAGGAGACUAUAACUUCUGAUGCCAAUGAGAUUCACUUAUCUUGAUCUGGUAUUGCAAGGAGGUUAAAGAGGUCAUUUUUUAAAGUCAACAAAUAAAAAUAUUAUGAAACUUGUUUCUCCCCA